AAACUUAAUAUAGAUUAUAUAUUUCAGAUGUUAAGUCCCUGCAAAUGGUUUGGGCUAAAUUGGAAGGGUAUCCCUGGUGGCCUGCACUAGUCUGUGAGAGUCCAGGUGAUAAAGUUUUUAAUCGUGACGGUCUGAUACAUGUCCAGUUCUUUGACAACCCUCCUACACGAGGAUGGGUCAAGGAAGUGUUUGUGAAGCCUUACUGUCCAGCGGGAGAAAAUGGCAUCCCAACAUAUAAGGACCCAUCAUGGAUACAUGCUGUAAAAGAAGCCAAUGAAGCACAGCAGCUGUCCAAAGAUGAUAGAGAAAUGUUACUCGUGGAAAUGCUUCCUUCAGAUGAAGAUGAAGCAAUGGACACUGAUGAGGAGGCCAGCGACCAAAGUAAGGAAAAUCUUGACCUGAAUGUGAAGAAAAACAAAAACAGUCGCAAAACGCACAGUACGGGAGGUGAGCCAAUAAAGAAGCGCAGACGGAUCAUCCUCCACUCAGACAGCGAAUCAGAGGAUGACUACAAACCUGAGAAAAUCGCCAGUGAUAGUGACGACGGGUCAGUGAGUUCUGCCGUGAAUGAGGACGAAGUAUCGGAGCCAGAAGUAGAGUCGGAGAUUGAUUCCCCAGUUAAGGCACCUGCAAAUAAGCGUAAAAAGCCGACACCAGCACGUGGACGUAAUUUAAACUCGUCCUUUUCGUCAUCUCCGUCUACUUCUAAGACCCCUACAUGUGCCCCACCCACUCCUAAGGUCUCUGAAGGCACCAAAUCCAAGUUGUCCUUAUUUGCUGUAAAAGAGACACCUCCACCAGUCCAGGACCGCACUGAGGACUGGCCCUUCUUGAAGUACCCUUGGCUGCAGCCUGACAAUAUACGUGACCGUGACAAACGCGCCCCAGACCACCCAAAGUACAACCCAAGAACUCUCUAUGUUCCUGAAAGCUUCCUCAAUCAGCAGACUCCAGCUCUGAGACAAUGGUGGGAGAUUAAGUCACAGCACAAAGAUACAAUUCUGUUUUUCAAGAUGGGCAAGUUUUAUGAAUUAUUUAAUAUGGAUGCCACGCUUGGGGUGCAGGAGCUUGGCCUUCUUAUGAUGAAAGGAGAUAAAGCGCAUGUAGGAUUCCCAGAGAUUGCAUAUGGACGGUAUUCAUCAUCUCUCAUAGAAAAGGGUUACAAAGUUGCACGUAUUGAACAAACAGAAACUCCAGAAAUGAUGGAAAAGCGCUGCAAGACCUUGUCUCGUCCAACAAAGUUUGAUCGUGUGGUAAAGCGGGAAGUGUGCCAAGUUAGCAGUAGAGGAACGCGUGUCUACAGCUUUCUAGAUGGAGAAGCAUCAGAAGCCUCUACCUCCUACCUCUUAGCUCUUACUGAAAGGGGAGCUGGGGAUGGCAGUGAGUUUGGUGUAGCCUUCAUUGAUACCAGUAUAGACAUUCACGUGGGUCAGUUUACUGAUGACCGCCAUGCAUCCAGGCUGUGCACCUUGAUGGCUCAUCACCCACCUGCCUCCAGUAAACCCUCGAAGAUCUGGACCACCUGUGCGAAAAAACGAUUGUCCGUAUCUUCCGGCAAAUGCACUAAUAUUCUCUUUGAAAGAGGACAGUUGUCACAAAAAACACAAAAGGUGGCCACUUCAGCUGUACCUUCCAAUUUACUGGAAAAUUUAACACCAGAGAAGGAGUUCUGGACAGCCACCAAAACCCUAACCUUCUUGGCUAAAGGAAAUUACUUCAAAGAUGAGGGGGGAGAUUCAUCUGUACAGUGGCCAAAAAAUAAAAAGAUGAUGGAUGACAGUGACUCAUUUGGUAUUACUGCUCGCCCUAAAUACACUCUUGCUGUGUCUGCUCUGGGUGCACUUAUCUGGUAUCUGUCGGAUUGUUGUCUAGAAGAACAGCUGCUCACAAGACGUAAGUUUGAGGAAUAUAACCCUCUUGAUGCUGUGGCUGUCUCUAGAACCAAGAACUCCUCUGUUCCAGAAUUCAUUAGUGGAAGAUACCAUAUGGUACUUGAUGGAACAACACUUCGUAACUUAGAAAUAUUUGAGAACACUUCGGGUGGCACAGAAGGAACACUUAUUGACAGACUUGAUCGUUGUUCCACUGCAUUUGGUAAGAGAUUACUUCGCAAGUGGGUCUGCGCUCCUCUCUGUAGCCCGUCAACCAUUAACAGUCGUUUGGAUGCCAUUGAUGACUUGCGAAAAAAUCCUGAUGUUGUGGAGGAAGUAACGGCUUACCUCAAGAGCCUACCAGAUUUGGAGAGGAUCUUGUCUAAAAUCCACACUCAAGGUUUGAACCGCAGCUCCAAACAUCCAGACAGUCGAGCCAUACUCUUUGAAGAUGUUAAAUAUAAUAAGAAGAAAGUUGUUGAUUUUCUGUCUGCACUGAAUGGAUUCAAAACCACACUGCAGAUAUUGAAGGCAUUCAAAGGUGUUAGAGAUUCUCUUAGCUCUAAGUUGCUGAGGAAGUGUAUGACUAGUACAAAAAAGGGUGGUAAUUUCCCUCCUCUACAAGAAGCUCUCCAUUUCUUUGAUAAUGCUUUUGAUCAUGUUGAAGCACAGAAGGAAGGUAAAAUAAUCCCGAGUGCAGGUGUUGACGCAGAAUAUGAUAAAGCCAUUGAUGAUAUAAAGAAAACAAAGAACAAACUUGCAGAAUACCUCAAGCAGCAGUGCAGACACUUUGGGACAAAGGUGGUGUACUGGGGUAAUGAUAAAAAGAGAUACCAGCUGGAGGUGCCAGAACAUGCCUGCAGGAAAGCGGGGGAUGAGUAUGAACUACAGACCCAAAAGAAAGGUUACAAACGUUUCUGGACAACAACUACAAAAGACUUGCUGGCAGACAUGAUGGCAGCGGAGGAACAUCAGGACGCAGCUCUCAGGGAUAUUGCACGCAGAAUAUUCCAUCAGUGUGACGAACACCACAAGAAGUGGGAGUCAGUGCUGCAGUGUGUGGCAGUACUUGAUGUUCUGUUGUCUUUUACCCGGUACUCUCAGGAAGCUAACACCAUCAGACCAGACAUCAUCACGCCUGAAGAAGGUGCACAGCCAUUCAUUGAUAUCCGAGAUGGCCUCCACCCAUGUGUGGUGACAACAUUUAGCGGCGAUGAAUUUAUUCCUAAUGACCUGGUGAUAGGUGGUACUAGUGAAGAUGCUCAUGCUGCCAUGGUCUUAGUCACAGGACCCAACAUGGGUGGCAAGUCAACACUGAUGAGACAGACUGCCCUCAUCUGUAUUUUGGCACAACUGGGAACUUUUGUUCCUGCAAGUUCAUGCAGGCUAACACCAAUAGACAGAAUAUUUACCAGGAUUGGUGCAUCUGACCGUUUAAUGAUGGGAGAGUCAACUUUCUUCGUAGAAUUAGCGGAAACUUCCUCCAUCAUCCAACAUGCGACCCAACACUCGCUUGUUUUGGUGGAUGAACUUGGUCGUGGCACCGCUACCUAUGAUGGCACAGCAAUAGCAUCUGCUGCAGUGGAGGCUCUGGUAAAGCUCAAGUGCCGGACACUCUUCUCCACCCACUACCACUCCCUAGUUGAUGACUUUAUGAUCAUUAAGAAUGUGUCCCUUGGUCAUAUGGCAUGUAUGGUAGAAGGAGAAAAUGAAGAUGACCCAUCACAGGAAACUAUUACGUUCCUUUAUAAAUUUACUGAAGGAGCCUGCCCUAAAUCAUACGGAUUUAAUGCUGCUCGUUUGGCAGACUUGCCUGACCAAGUUAUUCGAAGGGGUAGUCAAAAAGCACAAGAACUGGAGAAAUGCAACUUUAGAAGGCGAACCUUUUCAAAAAUUUUCAGCAGAUCGUCUAAUGGUCUGGAGAAUUUGCGAGACUCGAUUAAAGAGAUACGGGAUGUACAGUGAAGUGACAAACCUCAGUAUACAGUAGUAGUGUACCAGCAUCUCCGAACAAUUGCAACAGAAGUUGGUUCAUAUUUUCUGAUUUACAACAAUUUCUUGUGGUUAUCUAAUUCUGAUAGUUUAAUAGUUAGCUAUUAACUCAAGAAUUAAUGCUCUUCAUAAUACUGUACAGUAGGUGAUGCAUAAACAUGAUGCACUCACCUCAACACAACAACAAUGGAAUUACAGUUACACACAUCAUAAAGUGCACAGAAAUGGGUAUUAUAUUGCACAGACACACAUCAUAAAGUGCACAGAAAUGGGUAUUAUAUUGCACAGACACACAUCAUAAAAUGCACAGAAAUGGGUAUUAUAUUGCACAGGUGACGGUAAAAUCUGGUUUCUGUUCUUACGUAAAAUUUAGUCAAAUACGUGUAAAUACUAUACGCCAUGAGACUAAGAGAGCCAUGCAGUGGUAAUUGGCUCACUUGGAUCACUUGUGAGAUUUGAGUAAUUAAAUGUGAUCUGAAGUUAAUAUUCCAGUAUUGUUUUAAUCUCUUGCUUAAUUUCAGAUCAAAAUACCUUUAGAGUUAACAAGAGUUCUAACCUAUCUGUUGCCAAAAGUUAGAAAAUAAGGGAUUACUGUAAAUGUAACCUACAAGAUUUUGCCUCAUUUAUAAUGGAAUUUUAACAACAGUUUAUGAAUAUGAGAGGAUUUUAAGGUGUGUGUGGGUGUAAGAAAAUAAUUAUACUGUAUACCCAAAUGUUUAUCUGAAAAGUGGUAGGGAGUUGAGUAGUACAGGUAAGUUGUAUAUUAGGGCAGGGUUCUGUAUUAUGUCCCUUGUUUAUUGCUAUGCAUUGUUCACUUUUAGUUAAGUGAGCUUAUUAUUGAAGUUGUCACAGUUUAUAUAUCUGAUAAAUUGAGAAGGUCUCCAUUGAAAUGUGGAAACAUGGGCCAAAAGGUUUACUGUACUGUAGCAUCUUCAAGACAGCAUGGCCUUCAAAUUUGCGGGGGUUAGGUUCUCAAAAUGGCCGCGAAUCGCCAAAUCCGCGAAUCACAUUUGCUGACCGGGUUACACUUUUACUUGUGUACAAAGAAAUGUACAGUAUAUUCCCUUUAUGUUUGCCCUGAGGAUAAUUUUUUUUUUUACCUGUAUUGUAUAUGUGUGUGUGUGCACGCGUGCGUUCACGAAACACAUAAAAAUAAAUAAUAACGGGAAAAUCCUCUCACAAAUAUUCAUAUAUGCAAUACAGGUAAAGGAAAUUUCUAUCUCCAGAAUGAAUGGCUCCCUCUUCCAGCUGCAAAAAUGUCAGCAAUUUUAAAACUACCCUUAGACAUUCUUGGGUUCAUCCAAGGUGUCAUUCGCAAAUACACUAGGUCCACAAAUUUGAAGGGCAUGCUGUACAGUAUAGUAUUUAACAAUUCAUAGUGGAAACGGAAAUGACAGAAUUUUCUUUGAAACCUUAAGCAAAAAUUAAUUGAUUUUAUUUUUUUAUGGAAAUAUUAUUUACUUCUGGUGAUUGUUAAGACGGCUCCAGUAUGUAUUUUUGAAGACUUUUUUGUUAGAGAAAACAGAAUUACACAUUAAUUGAUAAUAAUUUCAAAUUGGUGUGAGACUGUACAUUAAGUGUAGAAUGAUGAUAGAGAUAAGCAGUAAUGUUGUUAGUUAUUUAAUUGAUAUAUCAGUUCAAAAAUAUAUCCAUUUAUAUUA